AUGAAAACAGGUUUUUAUCCCAAAGUAAUAGAAAUACUUAAUUUGCUUUAUAAUAACUUUGAUCAAAUGACAAAUAGAGUUAAAUUAAAAGAUUUUUGUAUAAUAGCAUCAGAUAAUUUAAGGAAAUAUAACAAUAACACUGUUAAUUUAGAAUUGAAUUGUUUGUUUCAUCAAAAUGAUUUAUUUGAUAUUAAAUUAGGUAUUAAAGAUAUGAACGGGGUAAUUUAUAUAGAUGCAUCACCAUUUAUUUCAUUUCCUAUAAAAAUUUACCAAAGUAAUAUAAGAGUAUUUCUUUGUGCAUUUUAUAAAAGAAAUUUGUCAGUUAAUUUUAAACUAACAAAUGAUACACUUAUUAAAAUUGAUUAA